GGCAGCACGACGCUUUACUCCGUAUGGGGCAUCGGUUUCAGGUGUCGCCUCGAUUUUUCGCCAGAUGCUACUAAUUUAGCUUGAUCGGCUAUGAAUAUAACGCGAUGUGGGUCUCUGCUCCUUAGCCCAUGGGCAAAUAAAGUCCUUCAACCUCGGAAUUCUGCCGCUGGUCUGCUUUUAAACAUGCCUGGUGAUAUUGCCGCGCUCUUUCUUGCCUGUUCUUUCCCACACUUCCUCCAUUCUACAUACUCUUGUUGAAGCGGUGCACAAUCGCCCGCCAUGCCUAUUAUUGCAAAUACUCCAGAAGCUGUAUUGGGUCGCACGGACUCGCUUGAUCCGGCCACAACUUGUCGCGGUGUCACCUCCAAUGGGCGGCCAUGUCGCCGGGCUCUGGCGUCUCCAUCGCCAUCAGAUACACCGGCUUCAAAGACAGAACAGACCGACCUAUCUGCGAUGUACUGCUGGCAGCACAAAGAUCAGGCAGCGUCGGUUCCGCAGACGAACAGCGGGGCCAACCCUUCGCGAUUGAGGCCCCGUGGCAGUAUCGACACUUUAAUGGAGCGGUUAGGGUUGAUGGAUCUUAACGACGCAGGUACCUCAGACAAGCGCCGCAGACAGCGGAAACCAGCACCGAAGAAGCGUACCAGACGUACGAUAUGCUGCUGCUUCGAGGUCAUCGAGGAGGAAGACAUCCGGCCGUCGCGGCCGGUCAAUGCCCCAACGGAGAUGCAACAAAUUCCCGCUGGGAAGCUGUCGUCACCGACCCCAUCCCUGUCUCCUCACCAGGUUCCUGUUCGACCCAGUAAACCUGGCUCUUCCUCUUCAGGAACCGACGACGACAUUCUCUCUUGGAUUCCGUCUGGCCUUGCGCCGGAGACGACCUCCAACCUCACCGCGGAAUUGGCCAAGCCUAUUUCGGAAGCCGAUGAGCCUGGCUACAUUUACAUGUUCUGGAUGACACCGUCGACAUCUGAGUCCAAAGAGCCGCCUUCUUUAGAGGUAGCCUCGAACCUCAUGCCGCCAACAUCCUCCCCAGGACGUGACCGCCGCGUAAGCGAUGCAAUUCGGACCGCCCGCGAUCUCAAUGCCUUGGCAUCUGCACCAACUCAUGACAGCCCCGGCACGCUCCGUCUAAAGAUCGGGCGUGCUAACAAUGUGCAGCGACGACUCAAUGAGUGGAGCCGACAAUGCGGCCACCAUCUCACCUUGAUCCGAUACUACCCUUACACACCCUCCACCCCGCAACCAUCGCCAUCUCGACAUGGCCGCGGCAAUGAUGACAGUACUGCAACUCUUGUCCCGGGACGCAAAGUGCCCCAUGUCCACCGCGUGGAACGGCUCAUUCAUCUGGAGCUAGGUGACGUGCGGAUCCGCGACCUAGGAAAAUGUCCGGACUGCGGAAGGGAGCAUCGCGAGUGGUUUGAAAUCACAGCAGAGAAGUCGUCCCUGAAACGGGUGGACGAUUGUAUUCGCCGAUGGGUGAAAUGGGCAGAAACGCAUUAGCUAUCUACGUAUUAUUAACAUUAAUAUACUCGUUAGAAACAAUCUGCGAACGUCUCUAUUAUUGUUUCAGUCAAGUAUCUGUUGUAUGGCAUGAUAACGAUAAGAACAGCAGCAACAAUAAUGACAACA